AGAUUUGACUACCAUACACUCCAGGGCCACCAAAGCUCUGCAACUGGGUUGUUCGACGACUCUCAUUGCUGCACUUGGUCUGUCCCUCGAAGUUCACAAUGGUGCGUUUUUCUGGAAGUUAGAUAUUGCAGACCCUCUCCUGCCCACCUACGCUAG